AUGGUGGGUUCAGGUUCUGCAGGUGGAGAUUUACGAACUCCACAGUUCAACGGUUCAAACUAUGAUUUUUGGUCAGUAAAAAUGGAGACUAUCCUCAUAGCAUAUGACCUAUGGGAUGCAGUGGAGAUUGGAAUACAACCACAGCCGAUUAUUGAGCAGGAAGCAGGCUCUGAAGGCACUGGAGAUGAAGGGAGUGAGGCUGAGCAAAUCCCAGUGGAAGCACCUACUAUCUCCAGAGAAGAUAAGAUCAAAAAUGCCAAGGCUUUGAGUCUUAUUCAAGGAGCACUGACAGAUGAACUCUUUCCUCGCAUCAGAAAUGAGAAGACUGCAAAAGGUGCUUGGGAAAUUCUAAGAAGAGAGUUCAGAGGAGAUAAAAAGGUAAGAGCUGUGAAAUUACAAGCUAUUAGAGCUGACUUUGAAUAUUUGAGAAUGAAUGAUGUUGAAUCUCUGGAUGACUACUUGGCUCGUUUUUUUGAAAUUGUAAACAACCUGAAAUCUCUAGGAGAAGAUGUAACAGAGAAAAGGAUUGUCCAAAAAUUGUUGAUGAGUCUAAGUAGGAGGUACAAGUCCAUAGUGUCAAUCAUUGAAGAAACCAGAGAUCUUGACACUAUUAGAGUUGAAGAAAUUCUUGCAUCUGUCAAGGUUUAUGAUAAGAGAGAGGAUUUGCAUGAUGAAAGGGACAAAUUGGCAGGAACUGAGAAAGCUUUUAGCAGUCUCAGAGUUGGAAAUGAUCAAGCUUCUGGAGCUAACAAAAGUUCUCAGGGAAAGCAAAAUCAAAAAUGGCAAGGACAAAACAAAAAGGGCUCAAAUUGGUCUCAAGGUGGAAAUUUUAACAACAAUAAUGGCUCUAGAGGGAAUUGGAACAGCAGCUUCAAUUCACAAAACAAGCAAGGGAGUAGUAGUCAAGGUGGUUUGAAACCACAGUGCCAAGUGUGUCAGAAAUACCAUUUUGGUAUAUGCAGAUAUAAGGGAAAACCCAAGUGUGGAAAGUGCAGUCGAUUUGGUCAUUUAACUAAGGACUGUGAAAGUGGUAAACAAGUUGCAAACUGUGCAAAAGAGGAAGAAGUAACCACAGGAACAAUGUUCUAUGCUUGUCAUGCAAGCUCAAUUGCAUCAAGCAAGUCUGUGUGGUUUGUCGACAGUGCUUGCAGCAAUCACAUGACCUCUCAAGAGUCCUUGUUGAUCAAUCUUGAUAGGUCAGUGACCUGCAAAGUGAAAAUGGGCACUGGUGACCUUGUUCAAGCCACAGGAAAAGGGACACUAGUAGUUGAGACAAGAAAAGGGAGAAGAUAUAUAAAUGAGGUGCUGUUAGUCCCUGGUCUGGAUGAGAAUUUGUUGAGUGUAGGACAAAUGAUGGAGCAUGGGUACUACAUUCUAUUUGGAGGAAACUAUGCAUUAAUAUGUGAUGAUAGCAGCCUUGAUAAUGUUGUUGCCAAAGUAGCAAUGGCUGGAAAUAGAUGCUUUCCAUUGUCUAUGGAAUCUAUCUGCUCAAUGGGAAUGAAAGCAGCAGUACAAGUAGAUCCAUGGCAAACACAAAUGGUGCUAGGCUUACCUGAUUUCUCAGAAAAAGAAGGAGUAUGUGAAGGCUGUGUGUAUGGUAAAAGCCACAGAGAACCAUUUGAAAAUGAGAAGUCUUGGAGAGCUAAGCAUCCACUUGAGUUGAUACACACGGAUGUAUGUGGUCCAAUGCAAAAUGAGUCCAUUGGAGGAAAUAGAUACUUCAUCACAUUCAUUGAUGACUAUUCAAGAAUGUGUUGGGUAUAUUUUCUCAGAAACAAGUCAAGUGUGAUAAGUGUGUUCAAAAAGUUCAAAGCAUUUGUUGAGCUACAAAGUGGAUUCAACUUAAAGAAACUAAGAAGUGACAGAGGUGGAGAGUACACUUCACAUGAAUUCCUUGAGUUUUGCAGUGAUCUUGGCAUGGAGAGGCAACUGACUAUUGCCUACUCACCUCAGCAAAAUGGGGUUGCUGAGAGAAGAAACAGAACCAUCUGUGAAAUGGCAAGAUCAAUGAUGACUGAGAAGAAAAUCCCUGUAAAGUUCUGGGCUGAAGCAGUUGGUACUGCUGUGUAUCUGCAAAACAGGUGCUAUACUACUUCAGUUUCAGACAAAACUCCAUUUGAAGCUUUCACAGGAAGGAAACCAGGUGCAAAACACCUGAGAGUGUUUGGAAAGUAUAUGUUACAGUCACAUUCCAUCAAACCUUAG